AUGAAGAAACUUUCUAUUCUCACUGUCAUUUUUCUUCUCACCCUGAGCCAUGCUUUGGGUUAUUUGUUCGAUGACCAAAUUGCUCGACUCAUGACUAUGAAAAUUGCGAAAAUUUUCACUAAUCGCACCAAUUCAAACCAGACGGAAUGGGAUCCGACAAUUUGGGAUAACGAAGAAUUAGAAGAACAUAUUUCGCACAAUGUUGGGGAAAAAGAAGAUGAUCGAAUAAUCUACAACAAUCUUGGUCUUCCUGGUCAGCCCAAAACAGUAUCAUUCAAACAAUAUGCUGGAUACGUUAAAGUUGAUAAAUCGAAAGGACGUCACAUGUUUUAUUACUUUGCUGAAGCGGUUCAUUCUCCGUCUCAGAAACCCCUUGUGUUAUGGCUCAAUGGAGGUCCUGGUUGUUCAUCUUUAGGGUAUGGUGCCAUGGGAGAGAAUGGGCCAUUUGGAGUUAACCCAGAUGGGAAAACUCUAUUCAAUAGGCCUUAUUCGUGGAAUAAAGCUGCGAACAUUCUAUAUUUAGAAUCUCCAACAAGUGUAGGAUUUUCGUAUUCCAACGAUACAACAGAUUAUAAGGAUUUAGGAGACAAAAAUUCAGCUCGAGAUGCAUACGCAUUCUUAUUAAAAUGGUUUGAAAGAUUUUCGGAAUACAAAGAUCGAGAUUUCUAUAUGGCCGGAGAAAGCUAUGCAGGUAUUUAUAUUCCAGAAUUGGCAGAUUUAAUUCGUCACAAAAAUAUGAAGGCUGGCAAGCCCAUAAUCCGACUAAAGGGAAUUAUGUUAGGAAAUCCGAUAAUUGACAGAGAUAUAGAAAUAAAAGGCACCUAUGACUAUCUUUGGACUCAUGCUCUGAUUUCCGAUGAAACUCAUAGUUUGAUUACGAAAUAUUGUUUCGAUCCUUCUUCUGAUUCUCCUGAAUCAAUCGAAAAAUGUCACAAUCUCUUGACCACGGCAUACAAUGAAACUGGAAUAAUCGACCCUUAUGCCAUUUAUGCUCCGGUUUGUCACAUUCCUAAAAACUCUUCCUUGCCGGUUUCGUCUCCAACACGAGAACAUGGCAGUUAUGAUCCUUGCUUAGAAAUUUACGUAAAAUCGUAUCUUAAUCUUCCACAAGUGCAAAAAGCUCUUCAUGUCAAGCCGACUUCUUGGAACCAUUGCUGGCAAGUACUCAACUCGAAAAUUUUCGAAGAUUCAAUGUUUGGUGUAUACAAAAGGCUCAUUGAUGCUCAAAUUAGAAUAUUGGUUUAUAGUGGAGAUAUCGAUUCAAUAGUUUCUGUUACUUCCACACGAUACUCUCUUAAUACUCUCAACCUUAAAGUGAUUAAAUCGUGGCAUCCGUGGGUCGAAAUUAAAUCCCAAGAGGUGGCUGGAUAUAAGGUGGUUUACAAAGGUCUUACUUUUGCGACGGUUAGGGGAGCCGGGCAUCAAGUGCCACUAUUUCAACCCCUAAGAGCAUUUACUUUGUUUAAGAUGUUUUUGGGUAAUAUGUUCUCUUGA